CGAGGGUCGAUUGGUGCUCUUUUUGAAAAAGCAGGACUCGACAACUAGGGAAGGCCAAGAUGCCACGGUGGUUGCCCUCGCUAACCUACUCUGGCGGACCAGAGAUACCGGUAAACGUAAAGGGUGGGGUGUCGGUUGUGAUGUCGGAAGAAGGAAUUUGGACGGACCUGGAGCCGACAUACCAAACUGUGAUGCUGGUCGAAAGUGAUGCCUUCCUAUGGAUCGAAACAAUAUGGACCAAGGUUAGUUUGACGAGGUUAGCGCCAAGCCUGCUGGACUUAGAGUUUCGGGGGACCGUGGAGGCCCGGGGAUGGGUCUACUUGUCUAAGGAAAAGGAAAACGCCAUGAUUAUAGAGUUUGCCUUAGGAUUACUCCCAUACAAAUUGUUCAAGGAGGCCGAGCGGGAAGUGGUGUGGGCUGCGUGCCAGCUGGUGGAAAUGGUGAUGGAAGAGAUUGACGUGCGGGUGGAACUCGGGGAUAGAAGGAAUGUACGGAAGCCCUUUAAAACUCUGAGGGGAUCAAGGAUGGCAAGGGAGCAAAGCAUGAUGGAACGGAUGUUUAGAGGAUGGACACCUAGGCGGUUCGGGGGAGGGGUGGAGAUGGUCCUACCCACGAGGAACGAAUGGAGAGGGACGGCCUGCGACUGGGUAGGGGUAGAAGUCGUAACCGCUAUGUCCUUUUUAUGGGUAGAGAGGGUAUGGAACCCGGUCAGGGAAAGUGAGGCGCGGGAUGAGAUAGAUGAGGGGGAUGUGGAGUCCGUCGGGACCGUGUACCUGUCAAAGGAGGGGUGGCACAUGUUUUGUGUUUGCCUAGCCGCCGGGUGGGACCCGACAUGGAUCCUAGGAGAGACCGAGCGAUUGACCUGGGAAAUGGGCGGCGAAUUUGCGAACGAAGGAUGGGAUGAAGUAAGGAGCAGGGUCGUGCUCGGAGGAUGGGAGGAGCUUAGGUUACCGUAUCAGCUGGUUCAGACUUGGGUCCCACACUUCGUGGCGAAUUGGUUCGGAGGAUACGAACACAUCCGGGCGGUCGCGGAUUCGUUGAGUGAGGUGGAUCUGGGGUUCACCUGGUUAGCGGACGCCUACUAUAGGACCUCGCUACGACUAGGGCCCUUCCACGGGGACCGCGCCAUGGAAGUGGUUGAGAUCCUAGAGGCCCUUAAGGACGAUCGGUUUACGAUGGAGGACGAGGUUGAGGAGGCGAUACUCCACCGGGAGGUGGCCGUGACCCCCUCGUAUGUAGGGGAUGUGUUCCUACUAUUUGAACGGGUCUGGAUGGCAAUGGCAAGGAGACGUGUCCGUACGGCACAGCGACCCGCGCACCCGCGGCCGUCCUUGGAAAUCGACAAUGGAUGGGAAGUGUCGCUCUCGGCGAGCUACGAGGUCCGGGGAAUAGAUGUGGAAUGGCGAGCUGUGAUCUUGGGGCAAAACCAGGCCUUCAUGUUGGUGGAAUGCCUGUGGAGUGGGAUGAGAUUUAAUAGGGGGCCAGGGGGCGAUCUGUAUACCGACCUCGGGGUGACCAGGACUCUGUACCUCCCCGAGACCGGGUGGCAGAUGUUGGGGACGGAAUUGGCCCUUGGGCAUGGGUUGUUACCGAUUUUUCGGAGAGCGGCCAGGGCACUAAACCGGAUAGGGCACAAGGGAUACUUGUCCGACGCUAAGAAGAAACUGACCUUUAACGGAGCAAAUAUCACUAAGUUCCUGAUAGAUUAUGAGAACCUGGCGGCACUCCUGAGGUGGAGCGAGGAAGAGAAGAUGGAGCACUUAGGGCAGCACGUGUCGUUGAACCUAGGGAGGGACAUAAUGGCGAUCGUCGCCAUGAGUGCGUCGUGGAAGGAGGCUCGGGACGUGAUGAUGAGAAAGUACUUGGCAGCCGAGAAGAUGGCCACGGAAGCAGAAUUGGCCGCUGUGCAAAGAAAGGACUUCGCAACGUACAAUGACUUCCUGAGAGAGUUUACUCUCGUAGCGCUGCGCAUCCCCGGGGUGACCAAUCGAAUAAAGAGCAAGUAUUUCCUAAGACAGUUCACAGAGUUCGAUAAGGACAAAAUCCUGUCCGCCUACCAGCAAACCACAAAAUUCCUGAACACAAGGGAUGUUGACUUCAGCACGAUAACCGACAUUGCGGAGAAAAUGGUCGUAACCGACUCGCUGACCCUGUUAAAAGAAGGGAAAGUCAUAGACCUAACGGGCAAGACGGGUGAUAAGGUAAAGAGAGGGAUCGAGAGUCUGCAUGACCGCGUUCAUGGGGUAGACGGGAAAAUUGAGAGAGUAAAGAACGCCCUGAUGGUAAUGCAAGCCCAGGUUCCGCAGAGCCAGGCAGUACAGCCUCCUCUCCCGCCUCAAGAAGCGAUCGCGCCCGCAGGUAUAGCCAACCGUGGGAACAAACGAAGGGACCCAACCAACGAGCAGUCCAAAUAUUGCACGCUGAUCGGACACUUUGUACGGACGUGCCCGAGGCUUAACCAUGAUAUCAUGCUUAAACGGUGCUCCAGGACCCUGCGCGGAGAAAGUUUAGGACCUCGGGGGGAGAAAAUAAAUUGGAAUUCGCCAGGAGGAAUGCGUCAGACCGUGAUUGCAUUCAACAACCUAGACGCCGCUGUAGAGGAAGCUGAGCCUGUGGCGGAACUCACUUGGGGGCAGGCGCAGGGACGAGGGCCCCAGGCCAAUUUCAUCAUGGAAAGCGAUGGACGGGAUAAGGUUAACGUGACCACUAGGCAACAGACCGCCGCAAAAAGGUCGUGCAGGAUGCGAUCAUGGAGGAUGCGCAGGAAGGACCGAGUAUGUCACCAGGAGUAACAGAGUCGGACCAGGACAAAGCCUAUGGGAAACCUAGGGAUGAGACCCCCGUCGAUAAGGCAACAACGGCAAAAAAGAAGUUUCGGUACCAGAUACCCAUCCUCGCCACGCCGGAGAUCGAUGACACCCUUAGUAAAUUGCUAGGGACCAU